AUGCAUUGCAAAAACAUUAUUCCCGAUGUGGUAGCUUACAAUUCCCUUAUUGAUGGUUUUUGUAAAUCGGGGAAAAUCUCUUAUGCUUUGAAGCUAGUCGAUGAGAUGCAUGAUAGAGGUCAACCACCUAAUAUAAUUACUUACAAUUCUAUAUUGGAUGCUUUAUGCAAACGCCAUCAUCUUGACAAGGCAAUCACAUUAUUAUCAAAAUUGAAAGAUCAGGGUAUUCAACCGAAUAUUUACACAUACACUAUUCUAAUUGGUGGAUUGUGUAAAGGUGGAAGACUAGAGGAUGCCCGAAAAGUUUUUGAAGUUAUUUUGGUCAAAGGCUACAAUCUUGAUGUGUAUGCAUAUGCCGUUAUGAUCCAUGGGUUUUGUAACAAUGGUUUGUUUGAUGAAGCCUUGGCUAUGCUAUCAAAAAUGACGACGGACAAUAAUUGCAAUCCAAAUGCUGCAACUAACGAAAUAAUUAUAUGUUCUUUGUUUGAUAAAAAUGAAAUUGAUAAGGCGAAGAGACUUCUUCAUGAAAUGAUUGUGAGAGGUCUAGUGUAA